ACGACGCGUAAAGCCUUCCUUUGUGCCGAUGUCACAGUUUCUUCGCGCCCUCUCUCUCCCAUAAAUUCCUUCUCUUCCUUCUUCUCUCCCUCUGCAAAAUCCAACCUAGGUUUUCUCCGUCUUCUCUCCUCUUCUCCUUCUCUGGAGAGGUAGGGUUUAUUUCGAUCUCCUCUCCGGAUCUUUCCUGCAAUCUUCAUUCCGAAGUGUAACCCUCGAUCUUCCCCGCAAGUGUAGAUCAUCGAUACGAUCCUCAGAUCAGGAGAUGAAUUUGGAGAAAACGGAAGAUGAAGGGUUUUUCAGCGUGCAACAUCCACUUCAAUCUCUGGAACUCAUUAUCUGAACAUUUUAGUGGGUCCUGCUUUGGUUUCUCAUGGUUUAUUGGCACCGUAGAUGACCAUUGCUGGUCUGGCUCCCACUUAGUGGCACUCCUGGUCCUAAUAAGUGGCAGAGAUAAUUAAAAGCCAUCGUAUCUGCUACCUUCACCUAUGUUUGGAGUUCCUGCGGCGGGUUCUGCCAACAGCCCUCUACUACGACGUUCUGCUAGCAAACCUGUUGACCUUGGUUCAUCUGAACCAGGAAAUAGCAUCCAAGAAGGCUUAUUCUUUUCAGCAGAUGUUAAUGAAAUGAAAACUGGAAAUUCACCAAUGCACAGUGCUGUAAUAAUGCCAUCACCGCUUUUUCUAUGGAGAUUCAAGGUAUUACUCUUUCUCAUUUGGGGCUGCAGUUGUUGCAAGAUUAGUUGGGACUCUGUCAUGAGAAUGAGUGUGGAUUUACGGGAUUUAUUUCUUUACGAGGUUUUCUUGUAUUAUAACCCUCUUCUUCUUGUGACUAUGAUGGUUUGGCUUUGGGGAGUGAAUUUAUGGGUCUUUACUCAAUCUUCUGUGAACUAUUCAAAGAUAUUUGACCUUGAUAACACUUACCUUACACACAGAGAAAUAUGGAAGUGUGCCACUUGGAUGACAAUUGUUGUCCCAACUAGUAUGACUGCUUACCUUUAUCUCUAUUCUCAUGGAGAAGUGUCUUUGGCUGCAUCACAACCAGUAAUAUUAUAUGCUGCCGUUCUGAUGAUUCUCAUAUUCCCUUUUGAUAUUUUUUAUUUAUCAUCCCGGUACUACCUGAUGAGGACACUUUGGCGGAUAGCACUCCCAUUGCAGGCAAUAACAUUCGCCGACUUUUUCUUGGCUGAUAUUCUAACCUCAAUGGCAAAGGUAUUUUCAGAUUUGGAGCGUUCGGUCUGCCGGAUGGUCCAUCGACAGGUUGCGACAAUUGCAUGGUUUGAAGCUGAUUCUGUUUGUGGUAGCCACUCCAUUGCAAUCCCUUUUGUGCUUGUCUUUCCUUACAUGUGCCGUUUCUUCCAAUGCCUACGGCAGUACAAGGAUACUAAAGAGAAAACAUGCCUCUUGAAUGCUUUAAAAUAUUCGACGGCAGUUCCAGUGAUUUUUCUUUCAGCUCUUAAAUACCAUGUCUUCCCUGAUAGGUGGACAAACAUUUACCGCCCUCUCUGGCUUCUUUCAAGUGUUCUAAAUUCAUUAUAUUCAUUUUAUUGGGAUGUGACCCGUGACUGGGAUCUGAGUGUUUUCUCCCGAAUUUUCAAGUUCAAAAACCCAAAUUUAUGUUCCAACAUAUUAUAUGGACGGCAAUGGGUCUAUUACUGGGCAAUCAUAAGCAACCUAGUCCUUCGGUGCACCUGGACAUACAAGCUAUCAGCCCAUCUCCGUCACAAUUACCUGACUGUUUUCACGAUUACGGCCUUGGAGAUGCUUCGUCGCUUCCAAUGGGUUUUCUUCCGAGUUGAAAACGAGUGGAAUAAGAUGGCACUCAAGCCAAGCUUGCAGGUUUCUAUGAGCGACAUGCCAAAGGAGGAAGACAGACUCCUUGACUCGGCCAACCAUGUUGUAUAGACCCCAGUAUGAUGCCAACAUCUUAUUCAUUUUACUUGUUUCUCCAUGUUUUUUGUUUCCCCGAAGAGGGUCCCCCUUGUUUCUUGGUGAGGUUCAUUUUAUGAUCAUAAAUUUCCAUUUUUAGGAAGACAGGCGGGCCAAUCACAGUACAUACAUUGUUGUUGUUGUUGUACCUUUCUAUAUAGUUAAUUGAUUGUAGCUUUAUAUUUUGAUAA